CAGCGUGAUGCUGCAUUAGCCGCUAUACUCGUUUCAGUUCAGCUGGCCGCGACAACGACAGGUGCAGGUGCUUUGCGCUGGGCUUCUAAAAUGUGCGAAACGGCAAUUCUUUUCAUCUUAAACUAGCGCUUUAAACCUCGAGUGUGAUGUGAGGAAACGAGUGCCACUGUUUUCAUCCAGGCAAAUUAGCGUUUCCAGCGGCAUUAUGUCUCGUGAGGCGCAUCGUAUCCAGCGCGCGCUCGUCUGCUCUCUUCUUCUCUGUAUGACGACGACGACGGUCACGACGCGCUCCUCUUCAGCAUCCGAUCUCAAAUCGAAAAUAUCUGGCGUGGAAGAGCUGCUUGAGGAGUUCCGCAAGCAGCUUCAGCAGGACGAGUCGGAUUCGAGGGACGACGAGGAGGAUGAAGACCGCUGUAUCGGCGGCUUCAAGGCGGUGGAGGAGCGCAUCAUCCGCGCCAGCGCGUCCAUCGAGCAGGGCGCCGCGUUCUUGUCCGCCCCGCAGAGGGUGUUCAGCUGGAGGGACUGCGCGCACGCCUGCUGCUCCAACCCGCACUGCACAGCCGCCAUCAUCCAGGAGGACCUCAAGCAGCCCGACGACAGUCUGCGCUGCUAUCUCUUCAACUGCACGUACAGGGGCAGGAACGUGUGCUCGUUUUCAUUCCAGCCGGGAUUCAGUACCUACAGUCGGGUGGACAACAGCAGCUCUAGACUCCAUGAAGCUGGCCUGCUGUCUGCUGCCACCGGCAGCCCAAGCACUUCAGCCCGGAGACCUUCAUAUGGGAUCGAUGAGGGUUUGGACGAGCCGCCUCGUAGUGAUGCAGGCCGGGACUUGAUGGUUCAGCUGCCGACGGACCGGGCGGUGCUAGAUGGCAGAGACAGCACUGAUGACCAGGAUAUUAUACGUUACGAAUGGGCUCUUGUGAAAGGAGAUCCCUCCGUUAAAAUGAAGACGACUCACCCAGGCCUCCUGAAACUCAGUGGUCUCAGAGAAGGAGUUUAUUCCUUUGAGCUGACCGUCACCGACGCCGCGGGACAGAAGAGAUCCGACAACGUGUCUGUCAGUGUGCUCGCCCCGGCAUCAAACGCAGAAGUGUGUACAGGUCACUGUUCUCGGUAUCAGUUCUUGUGCGACGACGGCUGCUGUAUAGACAUCGGUUAUGCCUGCGAUGGAAAGCAACACUGUCCCGACCGAUCGGAUGAAGAUUUCUGCCAAAAUUUUGAUAGUGGUCAUAAGUCCAACCCCCCGUCUAAACACGAGCCAGAUAUGCAAACUGAAGCAGAAGCCCAGACGCCCACAGAAAUACAGCCUAAUGAUAUCCCCAAACCUGAACAGCAUCAACAUUAUGGCUUCAGUUCGCAAGAUCCCUGUGCAGCGCCCCCAAUGGUCGGCCCAUGUAAAGGCGUUUUCCCACGCUGGUAUUACGAUGCUAAAACGGGGGAUUGCCAGCACUUCCAGUACGGUGGCUGCAAAGGAAACCACAACAACUUCCUCCAGAAGUCUGAUUGCAUAAAUGAGUGCAUUCAGAAAUCGCCAACGAAACAUCACAGCACUGCAACUCCAUCCCCCAACGUGAAAACAUACACGCCUCCCAUGGCUUCUGUCCAUCAGGAAAAACGGCUGAAUCCUCUCACAGAGUCUCAUAAUUCACCGCCAUCAUCUAAAAUACACCGUCUACUGGAAGGACACCCACCCCCUGAGUCAGGUGCUAUCUUACCCCUGGCUCUGGGUCUGAUCAUCAGCGUUCUGCUCUUACUGAUGGCGGGCUGCAGGCUCUGGCUUGUACGUCGCAGACUGAAGAAAGCUUUGCCUCUCACCACAGAAGAGUCUGAUUACCUCAUCAAUGGCAUGUAUCUGUAGCAGAACGGUCACCUGCCAAUCAACCCUCCAGUCUGCUGCACCGCUUGCGUGACUGUGUUAGAGACGCAUGAGUUACGCACAGCUAGUCAACCCUGCUCCUGGGGCCAACUUACAUAAGUUACAGUCUGUUUGGGACAUAAAGGGCCACUAAAUUUCAUUAAUCUUGACUUUAGAUGUAAAAUUUUUCUCCGACCAGACAAAAUGCAUAGAAUAAAACGUCUGAUUGAAAGAAUUGCAUUAGAAAGCUAAUGUUUCACCUGGCGAAGACUUUAAUGCUUAGGAUUUCAAUGAGUUUUCAGUGCAUCCCUCCAUGUUGGAAUCUAAAUGGAAUCGGUCAUAUCAGAAAUAAACCUAUUUAUUAUUAUUAUUAUUACUUUUUAAAUACAGCUUAUGAAUGUCAUUUAAAUAUAAAACGCCUGUUACGUUUAUUUUCAUGAAUAAUCAUAUUGCAGUGUCAACAAUUAGUCAUGUGAUGUAAAAGAAGUUCAAUUCAAGUCAAAUUUCAGGCAUUUCAACAGUUUUUUUUUUUUUACAAAUUGGAAGGCCGCAACACAAAAAUCAUAAAUUGACUACAUAUCGUUUUACAGGGAGCUUAUAACAUACUAGCUACAUUCUGCCUUAAUUUAUAAACUAGUUAGUGAUUCAUAAGCCAAAAGUGUGGACUUUAUGUUCCCGUUUAAGUCAGAACGUACAGACGGCUGCUCAGAAUGACUUGAAAAUCACAGAUGGGGGUUUUUUUUGCGCAGGGUUGGAGCUUUGGAGGGAGUUAUUGUUGUUCUCCAAAAGCAGGGUUGACUAUUACUGAUCUGCUGAUCGGUGGUUAGCGUUCAUGCCAUUUAUAUCUUCUUGUGUGCAAAAUGACACAAGUAUCUCACCUAUAUAGUAUGCCAAAUUAAGUUAACUAACUAGAAAAGAACAUGUGAAUGGACGCUGUUUCUAAGAAGAUUGCAUCUGAAGGUUAUUUUGGUUGGAGUUAUUUUGGUAGCAAUUAUACAGAUGUGCGUGACUGCAACAAAGGUUUCUAUGGUAUAAAAAUGCAGUUGUAUGAUUUGAUAAUGUCUAAAUACUGGCAUAAUGGCUUAAAGCGUACUUAAGAGUAUAUACUUGUUUUUGAAGUGAUUGAAUAUGGAUUGAUUCAGCUUUAUUUUUUUAACGAAGCAUGAUGCACCACAAGCUUGCCUGAUAUUUUGACCUGGGAAUUUGACCCUUUAAUGAGAGUAUUUUUCAGUUUAUUUUUUCUGAAGAAAUGUGCUCAGCCUUAACAGGAUAGUCAUUUUAACGGGGUCGUGUGAUGCCCAUUUUCCACAAGUUGAUAUGAUUCUCAAGUCGAAGAGAGUCUUAAUGAAAAGUCUAUAUCAUAGUUUCAUAAAACUGUUUAAAAAAUACUAAAUCGGCUGUUUUCAUCAAGCCAUUCUAGUCCAUGUUGCUUUAAAUGCUAAUAAGCUCUGCUGACCCCGCCCCUCUUUUCCCUGGCGAAACUGGCUAACUAGAACAUAUUAGGAAAGGGGAUUUUUUUUUCUUCUGUAGAUAAAGCUGGAUCACAAAUACUUUGCACAAAUAUAGUUACAUUUCUGUAGAUCGGGGAUCGUUGCGUUCCCUUCAGAACGAAAGUAGCAUUAGUCCUUUGCUUCUUCAGCAGCUCAGAUGUAAAUGCCAACUGCUAUAUGAUUACAUCUAACAACAAAACACCUCAGUCACUUAAUCAGAGACAUUCUCGUCUUCCGAUUCGUCUCAAUGACAGAUGACUGAUGACAGCUCGCUGAGGGCGGGACAAAGGCCUUGUCAAUCAACUAUCGUGGGAGGGGCCUGUGAUUCUGACAGGAAUCAGACUGAUUUGUGAAAAGGCAUUUUAAAACAUGGAUUUAAAAAAACACUGGGUGGAUUUUCAUCAUUUUAGGGUGGAUGUGUACACAAACCUCCAACACGCAUUCAUGUUCAAACAACUUGAAAAGUGGAUUUUGCAUCUGAUGACCCCUUAAAACCACUUUGUCUCUGCAUCCUUGUAUGAUCAUAUGCUUGAGUUCAUUAUAAUCUCAGUCCAGGGAAUACAGCUUUAGUUAAUGUAAUUACUGUUUUUUUUUACAACUGGUUAAUUACCGGAUGAUUACAAAAGUUUUUUUAAUUGGACAAAAACUUGAUUUAAAAAAAUAUUAAUAAAAAUAAACAAAUAUAUAUAUAUAUAUAUAUAUAUAUAUAUAUAUAUAUAUAUAUAUAUAUAUAUAUAUAUAUAUAUAUAUAUAUAAAAUUAUACAAUAUUAUGGUUAGGGCAAUGUUUUCAAUGUGGUUUUAUGGCUUACUGUGAUAUAAUAGUCUGUAUAAUCAGUGUAAUUGUGCAAAAAUGUUUUGAAACCUUAUAUAUGAUUGUAAAGUAUCAAAUUUAAUAAUCUUGGAGAAAUGCAUUUUAAAUAAAAGACAUUAAAUGUGGACCAGCUA